AUGAGCGGCCAAAAGAUCCGACAGACCGAUGGGCUGCUUAUGCACAUCCACGACCCAGCUUCGGGGCCUGUGCUGCCGAAGAAGGGGGAACGGAACGUGCUCAUCACCUCCGCGUUACCAUAUGUGAACAAUGUGCCGCACUUGGGUAACAUCAUUGGGUCUACUCUAUCUGCAGAUGUCUUUGCGCGAUACAGCCGAACUCUGAACGUACCGACACUAUACAUCUGCGGAACAGACGAGUACGGUACGGCAACAGAGACGAAGGCGCUAGAGGAGGGUAUCUCGCCCUUGGAACUCUGCACGAAGUUCCAUCAACUCCAUACCGAGAUUUACAAGUGGUUCGAGAUUGGGUUCGAUAAGUGGGGACGGACGUCAACGGAUGAACAUACCAAAAUCACACAGGAAGUCUACAAGAACAUCCACGACCGCGACUUCUUCCGGCUGGAAACGUCCGACCAGACCUACUGCGAGGAUGACAAGCUGUUUUUGGCUGAUCGAUUUGUGGAAGGCACUUGUCCUCAGUGCGGCUACGAUGACGCCCGCGGAGAUCAAUGCGACAAGUGCUCCCUCACCUUCAGCUCCCCCACCUCCCUUCUCAACCCCCGAUGCAAGCGCAACAAGACCCACAAAAUCUCCGUCCGGCCCUCGACGCACGCGUGUAUUCGCCUCGACAAGGUCCAGCCUGCGCUGGAAGAUUGGAUGCAGAAAGCCCGGGUCAAGGGGAGGUGGGGUAGCAAUGCGGUCAUUACGGAGAAGGGGGAGAUUGUGGAGCCGAGGAUGCUUGGAGAGGGGCUGAGGCCGAGUGCGGUGACACGGGAUUUGAAGUGGGGGGUCGAGGUGCCGAAAGUGGGUGUGGAGGAGGAGGAUUCAGCGAUGGAGGGGAAGGUCAUCUAUGUCUGGUUCGACGCACCAAUAGGAUACCCCUCAAUCACCGCUGCGUAUACCGAUAAAUGGCAGGAAUGGUGGAUGAACCCGAACGACGUUGAGCUGUACCAAUUCAUGGGCAAGGACAACGUCUACUUUCACACCGUCCUCUUCCCCGCCAUGCUCCUCGCCGACGGCCGACUAUGGACCAUGCUCCACAACAUCUCCAGUACCCAAUACCUCAACUAUGAAGAUACUAAGUUCAGCAAGUCGCGGAAUGUCGGUGUUUUCGGAAACAAUGCGCAAGAGACGGGUCAACCACCUUCGGUCUGGCGAUACUAUCUCUUGUCGCAGCGGCCGGAAACGAGCGAUUCGGCGUUUAUGUGGGGCAACUUUAUCCAGGCGAACAAUAGCGAGUUGUUGUCGAACCUGGGCAACUUUGUCAACAGGACAAUCAAGUUUGUCAAUGCCAAGCUCGACUCGGCCGUCCCCGGGCCCGCCGACUCUCCCGGCGGCGAAGUCAAGCCUGACCCGUCCACACCCGGCGGCAAGCUCGAUGCGGACUUUGUGCGCGACAUCAACUCGCGCCUGACAGAGUACCGCGAGUACAUGGACGGCACGAAACUCCGGAGCGGUCUCGCUACCGCCAUGUCCAUCUCUAGCCGGGGAAACCAGUACCUCCAAGAUUCUGGUCUCGACAAUGCCCUCCUCUCUGGUCAGCCCGAACGAUGCGCCGAGGUCCUCGUCAACGCCAUCAACCUCAUCUACCUCCUCUCGGUCCUGUUCCACCCCUUCAUGCCUACCACAUCAACCGACAUUCUGCGCCAACUCAACGCGCCCGCCCGCAGCCUUCCUACCUCGUUCGCAAUCGACAUCCUCCCCGGCCACAAACUCGGCAAGGCGGAGCACCUCUUCAAAAAGAUUGACAACGUUGAUGGGGCACAAGAAAAGGCAUGGCAAAAGCGGUUCGGGGGCGAUUCGGUCGUGGCGGACCAAGUCGACCCCUCUGGUCCGGGCGGACACCCCGAGGGUGGGAAAGUCCCGAAUGUGAAGGAUGUGGAAGUCAAGAGCAACAAGAAGGCGGCGCAUGCUGCGAAAGCGGCGGAAGCGAGUCGGGCUAAAAAGGCCGCGCAGGCGGAAGCGGAUGCGAAAAAGACGCCGGAGGAGAGGGAGCUGGAGGGACGGAUAGAGGCGCAAGGGAAGAAGGUGGCGGAUGUGCGGAGGGGGUUGGAGGAGGGGGAUGCGGACAAGGAGAUGAAGGUUGCGAAGGAGUUGAAGAUGGAGUUGGCGGAGUUGAGAAAGAGGAUGAAGGAAGCGGCGAUCUAG